AUGGGGAUGGAAAUAGACAAGGUAAAGAUUAAAGUCAUAGAUAAACUUCCUCCACCAACAAAUGUGAAAGGAGUUCGUAGCUUCUUGGGGCAUGCAGGUUUCUACAGGCGGUUCAUCAAGGAUAUUUUGAAGAUCACUCAAUCAUUGACAAAACUCAUCGGAAAGGAUUCUCCUUUUGAUUUGGGAAAUGAUUGUCUGGCUGCUUUUAAUUUGCUGAAAGAAAAAUUUGUUCAAGAACCAAUUUUGAUCACACCAGAUUGGAACAAACCAUUCGAGCUUAUAGGCAAUGCUAGUGAUUAUGCUAUUGAAGCAGUUUUAGGGCAGAGGAAGGGUAAACAGUUCCAACCUAUUUAUUAUGCUAGCAAAACUCUCACAAGUGCUCGAGAGAAUUACACUACUACUGAGAAAGAUUUAUUGAUAGUUAUAUUUGCUUUUGACAAGUUCAGACCAUAUCUCAUUCUGUCUAGGGUCAUUAUCAUGUGGUCUAGAGAUGAGUAUCAUGGGAAGAAGGAUGGGACAUCCUUGCACAUUGUUAUUCAGAAUCAGUUGGAGGGCAUUAUGGUUCAAGUAAAACUGUUGAGAAAGCCUUGUUGUCAAAGAGCAAGGAAUCUUUCUCGGCGUGGUGAAAUGCCUCAGAAUCCAAUGCGAUUUUGUGAAGUGUUUGAUGUGUGGGGCAUUGACUUCAUGGGGAUGUUUCUGAAAUCUAAUGGUAAUCGAUAUAUUUUGGUGGCUAUAAAUUAUGUUUCCAAAUGGGUGGAGGCCCAAGCUUUACCUACUAAUGAUUCUAGGACCGUGCUUGAAAAGGUAUUAAAGUGUUAUGGAGUGCAUCACCACCUCGCCACUCUUUACCACCCGCAGACUAGUGGUCAAGUGGAGGUCACUAACAAAGAGCUGAAGAGGAUCCUAACAAAAUCAGUCGAACAGGGAAAAUGGUUUGGGCCAUACACUAUAACUCAAGUAUCACCUCAUGGACGUGUUGAAAUCACCGAUCCAGAGAAAGGUACAUUUAAGGUGAACAGGAAUCGACUCAAACCUUACUUUGAUGGUGAGGGACAGUAUGAGAAUAGGAUUUCCAAGGCGAUGUGCCUUUCCCGACCAGCCUACAUAUAUACCCACUCCAUUCUCAGGCUAUCCGUGAAUGAUCGUGGUGACGGUACAGGGUUCCUCAGCUGA